GCCAGAGGAGGUGUUUUAGCGGGGACUGCGAUCCCAGGCUGGAGUCGCGCUCGGCGGGUCGGAGCGCUGGCGCUGCCCAGACGCCGUGGGGUCCCCGCCAGCGCAGGGCACUCGGUGGGGGUCCGCGAGCUUCGCUUUCCCCGCCCGAUGUCGCCGCUCCAGCCACCAGGCUGGUAAUCGCCGCGCCCCCUUCCUCGCCCGUGCGAGGCGGUGGAGAUCCCUGUAGAGGAGGAAGCUUGUUUCGCGAAGCGGGAAUGGAGGUAAAUUGUUUAACACUAAAAGACCUGAUAAACCCCAGGCAGCCCAGACUAGAUUUUGCAGUCGAAGAUAGGGAAAAUGCACAAAAGGAAAAUAUAUUUGUUGAUCGAUCGAGGAUGGCUCCGAAGACUCCAAUAAAAAAUGAACCAAUUGAUUUAUCGAAGCAAAAAAUCUUCACUCCAGAAAGAAAUCCCAUCACUCCGGUUAAGCUCGUGGACCGACAGCAAGUAGAACCAUGGACACCCACAGCUAACUUGAAGAUGCUCAUUAGCGCAGCCAGCCCUGACAUAAGGGACCGGGAGAAGAAAAAGGGACUGUUCAGACCCAUCGAAAACAAGGAUGAUGCGUUUACAGACUCUCUACAGCUUGAUGAUGUUGGGGACAGUGCUGUGGACGAAUUUGAAAAGCAAAGGCCAAGCAGAAAACAGAAAAGUUUAGGACUCCUGUGCCAGAAGUUUCUAGCUCGCUACCCAAGUUAUCCCUUGUCAACUGAGAAAACUACUAUCUCCCUAGAUGAAGUUGCUGUCAGUCUUGGCGUUGAAAGGAGACGCAUCUAUGACAUUGUAAAUGUCCUGGAGUCACUGCAGCUGGUCAGCCGGGUGGCCAAAAAUCAGUACGGCUGGCAUGGACGGCACAGCCUGCCAAAAACCCUGAAGAACCUCCAGAGACUAGGAGAGGAGCAAAAAUAUGAAGAGCAGAUGGCAUACCUCCAACAGAAGGAGCUAGACCUGAUGGAUUAUAAAUUUGGAGAACGGAAAAAAGAUGGCUAUCCAGAUGCCCAAGACCAACAGUUAUUGGAUUUCUCUGAACCUGACUAUCCCUCUUCAUCUGCAAAUAGUAGAAAAGACAAAUCUUUGAGGAUUAUGAGCCAGAAGUUUGUCAUGCUGUUCCUCGUAUCCAAAACCAAGAUUGUUACUCUUGAUGUGGCUGCCAAAAUACUGAUAGAAGAAAGCCAAGAUACUCCGGAUCAUAGUAAAUUUAAAACAAAGGUACGACGCCUCUAUGACAUAGCCAAUGUUCUGACCAGCUUGGCUCUGAUAAAGAAAGUGCAUGUAACAGAAGAACGAGGCCGUAAACCAGCCUUCAAAUGGAUCGGGCCUGUGGACUUCAGCACCAAUGGUGAAGAACUAGUGGAUGUUUCUGCAUCUGUCUUACCAGACUUGAAAAGAGAAACAUAUGGCCACAUUCAAGUUUGUGCAAAACAGAGGCUGGCUCGACAUAGCUCCUUUAACACAGUUCAGGCUUCUGACAGGAUCAAGAGGAAAGUGAACUCAGAACCCAGCAGCCCUUACAGAGAAGGACAAGGAUCAGGUGGCUACUCCUUAGAAAUUGGAAGUCUGGCAGCUGUCUACAAACAGCAAAUAGAAGAAAAUUCACAGAGCAAAGCCUUUGCCAGUAAGAGAGUGGUGCCUUCAUCAAGCAGCUUGGACCCUAAUCUUCCCUUCCCUGUCCUUCCCGUUGACUCAGAAUAUUCUGCUAGUCCUUUAGCCCAACAAGUAUUUUCUGUUCCUCAGACAGACGGGCAGGCAUUCUCCACACAGAAUGGUCUGAAUGGACAAGUAGGUAUCUCACUCACUCCUGCAACCUCUGACAUGGAGACCUUGAAACCAGCUGUGCUUGCCGGUCAGCCCUUGGUGUACGUGCCCUCCACUUCACUAUUCAUGCUGUAUGGGAGCCUUCAGGAGGGCCCACCCCCAGGGUCAGGCUCAGAGAGGGAGAGCAGGAGCACAGAAGUCCCAGCAGCAGCAGCAGAGCUGUCAUCUGUUCCUUCAGCUCAGAAGCGUGUCAGUGAGGAGGGGGAGCCUCAGGAGGAGGAAGAGCCGGCCACUAAAAGACAGAGUAUGGAAUACGAAGACGGCCCCCUAUCCCUUGUCAUGCCCAAGAAGCCCCCAGAUCUGACAGACAUCGCCUCUCCCAAGACUAUCAGUAACACAGAAUCCAUGCCCCUCGAAGACAUCCAUGUGAAUGGCCAACUGCUUGCUGCAAAGGAAGCUUCAGGAAAGGCUAUGGCAAACUGCUUCAUUUCUCCUGAAUGGGGAAAUCCUUCAAGAAAUACAGAGAAUUUAAAGCCUUCAAAAGAAAACGAAAGCACCAAAGAGCCCCCUUUGCUCCAGUAUCUUUAUGUGCAGUCUCCAGCUGGAUUAAAUGGUUUCAAUGUGCUCUUACCUGGCAGUCAGCCCCCUCAUGCUGGGGGGCCACCUUCAGGCCAGCUGCCAUCCCUCAGUGUUCCUUGCAUGGUCUUACCAUCUCCGACCCUGGGCCCUUUUCCAGUUCUCUAUUCUACCACAGUGCCGGGGCUGGGUUCUUCUGCUCCUAGCAUGCUUCCAAACACAGGACCUAUAAAUUACAGCUUGCCUGGCCUUGGAUCAACAGCUCAUCUUCUCAUUGGCCCUGCAACCAUGGUUAAUCCAAAGUCAUCAACACUCCCCUCCACAGACCCUCCACUUCAGGGUCAGCCCUCACAGAACCUGAGUCCAGAGGUGUCACAGCCCUGCAGCACCAUCCAGCCCGAAUCACCCAUUUACAUGGGACAUCUGGCACCAGCAGUGAAGUUACAACAGUCACCAGCCCCAGUGACUCCCAAAAGCGUUCGAUGCACACAUCGUGAAACAUUUUUCAAGACACCUGGCAGCCUUGGAGACCCUGUUACUAGGAGAAGAGAACAGAAUCAGUUGCGAAACACCAGCUCAGCCCAGAGAAGACUAGAAAUUCCCAGCAGUGGGGCUGACUAGCCAGACACUUUGCCAGGUGGGAUGGGAUCAAAGCACUGUGAGCGUCUGUGCGUUGCAGGUGGUUUUCUAACGCUGAGCGGAAAGCCUCUGCAGACCAUCCGGCCGUCAGUGUGCACCUCCUUCCCAUUUUCCAUCCACUGGUUCUGUUAACUCCUCAUCAUCAUGAAUCAUCUAUUUUCCUGAAAGUAAUUGUUAUUAAUCGUGCAUUUAAUACCGGUUUGAGUUCAGACUCUGUGCAUGGUGUCACAGUGAAAGCGUGACUGAUUUUUGUGGUUUUGGUUCCAGAAGCAUCUUAUUGCUGUAAGUAGAUCUGAACAGGCUACUGGAGCCUUGUGGUUUUUCUAAAGGGGGAGCUGUCUAGCACUUAACAAGGGUAAGCAUUCUUGACAUGUAUUCCACUUGCCCUGAGUACAUCUGUGGUGAAAGAAACUUCCUUUCUGCAGUUUUAAAAGGCUACUGCGCCCUUAGGCUUCGUCAGUGAGGCCACCUUCAGUUGUGAGUCCUAUGGUGUUAUUUAUUUUCUUCCUGAAAUGGGAUUUAGUGCAAAAAAGUUUACAACUACAGCAAAACAGAAUUCUUUUCAGGGUAUGACGACUUGAAUGUUUCUACUUUUUUUUUUUUUUUUCCUGAAAUUUGCCCUGCACUUAUUCUACAUCCUAAUAAUAAUGUGGAUAAAUGUAUAUAUGUGGCAAAAUGUCAAGACCAGAAUAACUGUGAAGAAGGACACACUUUGCUAUAAAUGAACUGUGCUAACCCUAUCUGUGGACUUGAGAACUAAGAUGACUUCUCAAAAAACCAUGUGAGCAAUGAGGUUUUAUACUCUCUGUGUAUAAAAAUCCUCUUGUGUUCAGUUCCCUUCACUUCAUAACCCUGAGUUUUUUAAUUAAAAUAUUAACUUUAGAGUAAUCAGAUGUAGAUGCCUUCUAACAAUUACUGUUUAUACACUAAAUCAGGAUGAUACAAAGGAAUUAUAUGGAAAAUAGGGAUCUGGAUGGGACCCUUUGGUAGGAUUCUAAAGAAGACUAACGGUGUAGAAAUUGGUAUAGGACAAUAGGUAAUUCCUUCAUUUUUCUUGUUUUCCAUGUUUGGAAGGGUCAGAGGGGAAAAUGGACACAUUAUAUUCAAUAUCCAAGAAUAUUCAAACCAGACUUAUAUGGUACCUAAAAAAAAAAAGGUUGUAUGGUACUUCUGAAAAAUAAGAACAGGGGGUGCAGGGGUUCAGUGUCCUAGCACACAUACAGUUCUGGAAGCUAUUAUGCAAUAUCCCGUGUUAAACCACAUUACUUUAGGGUUUCAUUAAGUAGCUAAACUAGCUUUUCAUAUUCCUAGAUUUACUGAUAUUUACCUCACUCUGUCUUUUCAGAGUAAGUGUUUUGCUUUUUCUUUCUUCCUUAUUUCCUUCCUUCCUUUUUUAAAUUUCUAUCCUAGAUUUGGAAUCUUGGUGUAGUGUCUUAUCUUUAUUUUUGGACCCAAGAAAAUGUUAUAUAAAAGAAUAAAAAUACUAAUUUAAGAGACUCCGGGAGUCUGAGUAAAGUAGCUUUGUAUUAACUGCAGGAUAUUAGUAUUAUUACCCCCACAAGAAUUUUGAAAACUUAAGGUAGGUAGCCAGAUUAAAUAAAUUUGCUACUUGUGUAAAACCUUUAUCAACACUAUACUUUUAAUGUUUAUAGGGUGGUAUCUCCCCCUACACGCCCCCCUCCCCCAUUUUUCUACAGUCCUCCGGAAUGAAACAUAAAAAUACAGUUUUAACCAUCAACAAUUACACAGUAAGGAUUAGUCUGAACUAAUACUGAUGAGUUCCUCAGCAAAACAAAGAAAAUUAUAAGGUUUUUUUUCAGGUAGAUUACACUAUUAAGAAAAAAAAAAACCAGGCCAAUUGCUGUUGAGUUGAUUCCAACUCAUAGCAACCCUACAGGGCAGAGUAGAACAGCCCCAUAGGUUUUCCAAGGAGCGGCUUGUGGAUUUGAACCUUUGGUUAGCAGCUGAACACUUAACUGUGCCACCGGGGCUCCACCUAUACGAGCAUAUUAAUCUGUCCAGGGUACACGCAUUUUAAAUACAAUAUUUCCACAAAACAUUUUCACUGAGAGGCCUCCAUAUUAGAUGAAAACUCAAACUGGUUUUCUCACUCACUCCUGGAUGCUCUCCACUUCUGUUUUUACUUCUUUGCUAUCACUUCUUUUAUUCUAUUGGUGAAACGUCCACAUUUAUCUCAGAGAAUUCAUGGUUCUUGAGGGGUAUUAAGUAAUCCCGUAAAUGAGAAUAUUAUGACAUUGUGACCAAAUAGCUGUACUUAGCAAGAGGAGACUAAGGAAGAAUUUUACUUUUGUAUUCAGUACUCGCCUCUUCACGUGGCUUUGUGAUAUGUAAAUAAUAAUAGCAAUAAUGAUGCAGCUGCCACUGCCAGAGAAGUCAUUCUGCUUCUUGCAGAGCAACUGAUGGUAGUGACACUGCUGAACUAGAUUUGGGUAUUUGGGGUAGUGAAGGUGCAACGGCAAUCUUGAACCUAUCAUUGUGUAACUUAGUGAGAGAAAAUAAUUGUUGAUGAUACUGCUAAGGAAAAGGCAGCUUUGAGUCGACACUGAGGAAGGUGUGUACCCUACACUGACCGGGGUUUGUGAAACCCUUACAUUCUGGUACAAGAGUCGGGGGUAUAAUUUUAUACUUGAAUCUACCUACCAAGUUUACAUUUCUCAAUUCCUUUUUGUAAGGUGCUAUUUCUGUAUUUAAAUAACCUUUUUUAAAAAAAUGUAAAGCUGCUUUCUGCUUACCUUAUUGCACUGCUAGUUUUAUGUAGGUAUUAAUUUUAUUGCUGUUUAUUGCUUUUCUUUCGUAUUAUUUAGCUCUGCUUUCCCCCCCCUCAAUGGCUAUAUUAUCUAUAGCUAUCUUAUUACUUUACUACAUGUAAAUUUUUUUUUUCAUUUAGAAAAAUAUUAAGCUUUUAUAAAAUAGCAAUAAAAUUUUGUUUAAUAAGAAAUGUUGGUUGUGGUUUUGGUGGGC